GACAAACAGCCUUACAAAGUGAACGCGCUGUCAAGCGGUUGGCACGCCGGCGUUUUUGUUGGCUCGGCCGUCAUGUUAACACGCUGACAUCAUGCGCGCAGUUAUUUGGCGAGCGCGAACCUGCUCGCCGACGACGGCAACAAGACGGCUCGGGGAACGUGCCGCUGCACGAUGGGUGCGCCUUGUGUCCAACUUCGCACUCCCGCUGAGAUUUGUCCCAACAUCCUUCAAACUUUGCGGACAAGUUUGGGCGCUGGUUUGCUUGCGCCCCCCGCCCCCGUGGUUAGCUGCUUGCGCAUUACUCGUUCCUGCUGGUCAGCAGCGCCGCAGCUGUUUUGCUCACUCCAUUCUUUACUACGGUGAUACUUAAGUCAUCAUCCUGUCCGGAUCAGGGCUGAAAAAACACUCCCUUUAUUUGUUCAGCGGACCUGGCGGCGGCGCAUGUGAUAUUUCGAGCGGUUUUGCAUCAAACGAUGAACCAAACGCAGUGCGCUGACGCGGCAGAGUGUGCUUGAAGCGCUUGAUAAGGCAGCGAACAGGAAGGAGGAAGCACCUGUCCAAUACAGAAAAAAGGGGGAGCCGUUUCCUGAAUCAGGCGCUCCCAACCCCCGCCGGCCCCCCACCCAUUUCACUCAUGGAUGAGUUGAGAUUCAACACCGGGGAAGAAUUUAAGUACACUUGAGUGUCAUUCAAAAAAAAACAACAAAAAAGAAGAAAUCAAAGUAUUCCAGUUUAUUGGAAUUUAAUGUUGGUUCUAUCGAUUUUCUUUCUCUUUUUUGGGGCGGUACGCGGCACGAAAUCUUCUACAAAAGAUGCACCUGUAAUUGUAGUUGAUGAAAAAAGAAAUGAAGUCACGACUCUCCAUUGCGCUGGCUAUUGAGAUUGAGAUGACGCACAUUCCAGGUGCACCGGACGGGACGUGACGUGACUGCGAAGGUCACGUGACUUCUGUUGUUAUCUUGCCCGGAGACCAAACAUUAAAAGUUGACCGUUGCCUCCAGUUUCAAGUCCAACAUUCAGAUGACAACGUGCUGCCGCCUGUUUCCGUAGCUGCUGCCAAUCCGCACCAUGGUCUCGCCGCCACUUGCAUUGUUGCCGCUGGUCCUGUUGGCGUUGUCGAUGGGUCCGCCGGGCUGUGACGGCGGCAACAUCCUGGUGUUCCCCGUGGACGGGAGCCAUUGGAUCAACAUGAAGGUUCUUCUGGAGGAGCUCCACCAGCGAGGACACCGGCUGACGGUCGUCAGAGCCUCUAACAGCGUCUACGUGCCCCAAAGCUCGCCGCUCUACACCGCCGUUACCAUCGACGUAGCCGGAGGAUGGGAGGAAUUUUUUGAAUUUAUACAGGAGCUCAUUAAGAGCCUCCGAGAAGGACACUUCAUGCACCGCGAGUUCGCCAACUUCAUCUACCAGGCCCACUCAGUGUGGGGCGCCGCCCUCUCCAAGUUCCUGGAUGACGAGGAGAAGAUUCAGAGUUUACGAGACUCCCGCUUUGACCUGGUCCUGACCGACCCGGCCAUCGCUCCCGGCGUGAUUCUGGCGAAGUACUUGGACCUUCCUCUCGUGCUUAACGUCCGCUGGAUCCAAGGCAGCGAGGGCCACUUCGCCGUGGCCCCGUCGCCCCUCUCCUACGUCCCCGUGCCAGGCUCAGGCCUGACGGACAAAAUGAACUUCUUCCAGAGGGUGAAGAACGUCGUCUUCUACGUCCUGGUCACCCUCCAGCAGAAAAUUCUGAUCGAGCCCGUCUACAGCGCCCUCUGCAAGAAGCACAUCCGGGGCGGUUGCGACAUCAACUCGCUCCUCCAACAGGCCGACAUUUGGCUCUUCCGCAGCGAUUUCAUCUUUGACUUCCCGCGGCCCACCGUGCCCAACGUGAUCUACAUCGGGGGCUUCCAGUGCCGGGCCGGCCGCCCGCUGCCUGCACACCUGGAGGACUUUGUCCAGAGCGCCGGCGAGCACGGCGUGGUCGUCAUGAGUCUCGGCAGUCUGGUCGGCGCUAUGCCCGAGCGCGAAGCGGAGGAAAUCGCCGCCGUUUUCGCCAGGUUGCCACAGAAGGUGAUUUGGCGUCACAAGGGCCCUCGGCCAUCCGCGCUGGGCAACAACACCCUGGUGGUGGACUGGAUGCCCCAAAAGGAUCUCCUGGCCCACCCGCAGACCAAAGUCUUUGUGGCUCACGGGGGGACCAACGGACUCCAGGAGGCCAUCUUCUACGGCGUCCCCGUGCUGGGCAUCCCGCUCUUCUUUGACCAGUUUGACAACCUGGUGCGCUUGGAGCGCAGAGGAGCCGCCAAGGUGCUGGAGUUGGCCCACCUCAGCCAAGGAUUCGAGGCUGGCCUCAAGGAGGUCUUGGGCCGGGACGGCUACCGCCGAAACAUGCGGAGGCUGUCGGAACUGCAUCGCGAUCAGCCCGUGAGGCCCAUGGACCGGGCCGUCUUCUGGGUGGAGUACGUGAUGCGGCACAAGGGGGCGCGGCACUUGCGCAUCCGGGCCUACGAGAUGCCCUGGUACGCGUACUACGGCGUCGACGUGGCCCUGCUGCUGGCGGCCCUUGCGGCUGUGCCGGCGUUGACCGCCGUGGUUCUCGUCAGGCUCCUCUGCUGCAAAAAGACCAGAAAAGACAAAGCAAAACAACAGUAAGAAUCUACAAAUGGGCGUCGAUCGCAUAGUCAAAAGAUCCAAGAGUGUGUGCGAAUUCCUCAAAUCGCCAAGACGAUUGAGAUCCUUCGCAUCGGCGUCCCCAUUUGUCAACGGAGAUGAUUUGUGUCUGCUUUGUUGUACUCGUGGACCCGGUCAAAAGCUUCGGAUUGGAAAAAAGCUCCCCGCGGUCUGAUGAUGAGGUCACCGUGGCUGCCAAGGCAGAGGAAACAUUUUGUUGACUUCCCAAAAUACAUCCCUGCUCACAAUCAAACAAGAUGGAGUCAUCACCAUCAUCUUUCUGGCACGUUCUCGUCCGCGGCGCUUCCAAGGACAUUUUGGUCACGAUGACGACGCCCUUUUUUUUUCACAGAAAUCCUUGACGGUCCCCUGCCAAUAAAGAGAGUCGAAAACAAAACAAGACAAUGCCUUCAUGGGAAUAACCCU